AAACCAAGCAGGAGCUGGAGGAGCUGAUGACUGACAUCAAGAAGCUGGCUAACAAAGUGCGCUCCAAGUUAAAGAGCAUUGAGCAGAGCAUCGAACACGAGGAAGGGCUGAACAGAUCGUCCGCUGACCUUCGAAUACGGAAGACUCAGCAUUCCACGCUGUCUCGCAAAUUUGUGGAAGUGAUGUCGGAGUACAACGCCACCCAAUCAGAUUACAGGGAGCGCUGCAAGGGGAGGAUCCAACGGCAACUGGAGAUCAGUGAGUAAC